AUGCGCGAAAUCGUACAUAUACAGGCUGGACAAUGUGGCAAUCAGAUAGGUGGCAAAUUUUGGGAAGUGAUAUCUGAUGAACAUUGCAUUGAUGCCACAGGCACCUAUUAUGGCGAUAGCGACUUACAAUUAGAACGUAUUAAUGUAUACUAUAACGAAGCUACAGGUGCCAAAUAUGUACCUCGCGCUAUUCUAGUCGAUUUAGAGCCGGGCACUAUGGACUCAGUACGUUCUGGCGCUUUCGGACAAAUCUUCCGUCCAGAUAAUUUUGUAUUUGGUCAGUCAGGAGCGGGUAAUAAUUGGGCUAAGGGUCACUAUACAGAAGGCGCGGAAUUGGUCGACUCAGUACUUGAUGUUGUAAGGAAAGAGUCUGAAGGAUGCGAUUGCCUACAGGGAUUUCAGUUAACACAUUCCCUUGGAGGUGGCACAGGCUCUGGCAUGGGCACAUUAUUGAUAUCGAAAAUCCGUGAGGAGUACCCUGAUCGUAUUAUGAAUACAUUUUCUGUAGUACCCUCGCCUAAAGUGUCGGAUACUGUCGUGGAACCAUACAAUGCUACGUUAAGUGUACAUCAACUAGUAGAAAAUACUGAUGAAACAUACUGCAUCGACAACGAAGCUCUUUACGACAUCUGCUUUCGGACAUUAAAGCUAACUACGCCAACCUAUGGCGACCUAAAUCAUUUGGUAUCUGCAACAAUGUCUGGAGUAACGACAUGUUUACGCUUUCCUGGUCAACUUAAUGCAGAUCUGCGGAAGUUGGCUGUGAAUAUGGUGCCAUUUCCUCGUUUGCAUUUCUUCAUGCCUGGUUUUGCUCCAUUAACCUCUCGUGGUUCGCAACAAUACCGUGCUCUUACCGUACCUGAACUAACGCAACAGAUGUUUGACGCUAAGAACAUGAUGGCUGCUUGCGACCCGCGCCAUGGGCGGUAUUUAACCGUUGCAGCAAUAUUUAGAGGACGAAUGUCAAUGAAAGAAGUUGACGAACAAAUGUUGAAUAUCCAAAAUAAAAAUAGCAGUUUUUUUGUAGAAUGGAUUCCGAAUAAUUGUAAAACUGCUGUGUGUGAUAUACCUCCACGAGGUUUAAAAAUGUCCGCCACAUUUAUUGGGAAUUCCACAGCGAUUCAGGAAUUGUUUAAGCGCGUUUCAGAACAAUUUACGGCAAUGUUUAGACGCAAAGCGUUUUUACAUUGGUACACCGGAGAAGGUAUGGACGAGAUGGAGUUUACAGAAGCAGAAAGCAAUAUGAACGAUUUGGUAUCAGAAUACCAACAGUACCAAGAAGCGACCGCAGAUGAAGAAGGAGAAUUCGACGAGGAUGAGGAAGGAGGUGGGGACGAAUAACAGUUCCAUCAAUCGUAGUGAUGAUAGCUAAUGUGUCUAACUUAGGAGUUUUGCUAAAUUUUAACUUGUGCGCUGAAAGCAAUUGUAAAAUUGGAUUGUAACAUUCAUAGUUAUCAUUUACACCUCAGUAAGCACUUUAUGUUCAUAUUCAUAUAAUAUUUGAUUCCUCCCUGCGUGUAUGAACGCCUUUUAGUGGAACUUAUUUUUCAUGUAAUUUUUUGAAUAACUUGUCAAUAGAAAGAAACAAAAUACAUAUUUAUGUCUAGACCAAAUUAACAAAA